GUGGCAGAGACAUUGUGAUUUUUUCCAACCUUCUUUCUUUAAUUGGUCCUCCGGGAUUCAGGGCGAGUCCUCCGUUUGCAGCUGCGGAGCUUUAAUUGGCUGGAAAUCCACCAAAAUACUAUUUUGGGAAAAAAGCCGAGAGUUUAUACAGUUUGGACCACCGGUCCCUUUUCAUAAACCCACUCAUUACCAAGUCAAAACGGGAGACGCUUUACGCAGAGAGACUCUCCAGAAACCUGAUCAGAGAUCAGACGCGUCCACCCGCCCCACUGCACGGACUACAGACCAUCACCAGUCAGAUCUGUGUGCGCAUCUCCUCACUGACACCGGCAGCGCGCAAAGACGCGCGAGCUCUCCAUCCCUUCACUCGUGCGAGAGCCACCGACGAGCGCGCAUCUGUUCGGAGAACAGUUUAGCUCAGUGACACUGAGAUAUCAGAUCGUGUCGGACUGCAGGUUUUCACGGAGACACCUUUGGAUGUGUACGAGAGUUUACAUCAGCUGAAGUUGCCCGCGGCGGAAUUUUGUGCGCAUUUUCUGGAUGGAGAUUCAUCAGUGCGCUCCCGCUAAACGCGCAUAGGAACUAAACCAGCAAGUCUACCACUGAAAGUCAAGUUUAAUUUUACUCUAAAAAAGGGAAUUAACUAUUAAACAUUUAUCGACUCGCUGUGAGCAAGCUGAGCUCGCACAGAGAAAGGUAAUGAGGCAUCGCACUUGAAGAUGGAGAUUUUCUGGAUUUUAUUCUUUUCGGUCCUGCACCGGUACGCACAAGCGCAAGGAGUUUACGCUCCUGCAAACGCUCAAAUUGUGCAUUCUGGACAGGCGUGUGUGGUGAAAGAGGACAACAUCAGUGAAAGAAUUUACACCAUAAGAGAAGGAGACACAUUAGUCCUGCAGUGUCUGGUCAAGGGCCAUCCACGGCCACAGGUACGGUGGACCAAAACAGCAGGCAGUGCCUCCGACAAGUUCCAGGAAACGUCCAUCUUCAACGAGACCCUACGGAUCCCCAACAUCCAGAGAGUGCAGGGCGGUCGCUACUACUGCAAAGCUGAGAACGGGGUGGGGGUGGCUGCUAUCAAGUCCAUUCGCGUAGAUGUGCAGUAUCUAGAUAAGCCCGUGCUCACUGUGCAUCAGACGGUCGGUGAUGUGCGAGGAAACUACUAUCAGGAGAAAACUGUGUUUUUACGCUGUACGGUAAACUCAAACCCUCCGGCUCGCUUCAUUUGGAAACGGGGAACAAGAGCAAUUGAACAGAGCAAAGACAAUGGGGUGGACAUCUACGAGCCUCUGUACACACAGGGUGAGACAAAGGUGCUCAAACUGAAGAAUCUCCGCCCUCAGGAUUUCGCUAAUUACACCUGUCAGGUGUCCGUCCGGAACGUGUGCGAUAUUCCGGACAGCUCCGUCACCUUCCGGCUGACCAACGCCACCACCCCGCCUGCUCUGAAGCUUUCUGUGAACGAGACGUACGUGGUGGACCCGGGUCAAGACGUCACGCUGUCUUGUGAGGUAACUGCUGGGUUUCCCACACCUACGGUUAGCUGGUCGAGAUACCCCGGGUCUCUCCCGCAGCGGUCUGUCAUUCGAGGCGGAUCACUCACUCUCUGGUCUGUGACUACCAAUGAUGCGGGCGUCUACAACUGCACGGCCGUCAACAAUGUUGGAAACCCUGCGAGACGAACUGUCAACCUUAUUGUGAGAAGCAUGAAGAACUUAACAUUCCAGAUCACGCCAGACUCAAACAAAGACAGCGAGGGCAUACAGAUGGGUCGAGACCUCAAACUAUCCUGCCACGUUGACGCGCAGCCACAGGAUAAGGUGAACUACACCUGGUACAAGAAUGGAGCCCUUAUCUUCCCCACCGACACGCUGAUCGUACUGCGCAGCGACCCAGACAUGCCUCCCGGCACCAGCAGCCUGGAAAUCGUGGACAUGAAGUUCAGAGAUCAGGCCACGUACAGCUGCGUAGCUAACUUCCCAGGGAGCAACAUUCCUGAAUUACGUGCCGAUGUCAACAUCACACAGAGCAGUGUUGUUCCUCCCAUUCUGAGCGUGCCGGUCGGAGGGGGCGUGGUUAAUGCCAGUGAGGGCGGUACGGCAGAGCUUGUGUGUUUGGUUGACGGUAAGCCCCGCCCACCAGUCCUGUGGUCUCGUGCCAAUAAGGACCUGCCCAUGCCAUCAGGAGACUGGGUGGUGGAGACUCGUGACGGACGCUUGCGUCUAACCAACGUGUCGCGGGACAUGAUGGGAGCGUACCGCUGCCAAACCGCACCUUACAACGGCCUCAACAUCAAACGCAGACAGGCGCAGGUGCAACUCAAUGUGGAAUACCCUCCUGUCGUUGAUCCGGUCUUGCUGGACGUACGUUCUCCAACCUUCCAGAGCGUCAAUCUCCGCUGUGUGGUUCUGAAGUCCAAUCCGAAUCGAAUAGCCAGCGUCCGGUGGUUUCGUAAUGGAGCAGCCAUUCGAACCCCGCCAGUGGAUCCCCAAAGCAUCCCUCAGCUUCGCUUUAAACUAGACCCCACUAAUAAUGGCACAUACGAAUGUCGAGUGAGCAAUGGAGUAGGUACUUCAACCUGCACCUUUAAUGUAACUGCUCAGCCUUAUGUUGCAGAGUUUUACUUCGAUACACCAAACCCCAUUCGUACCCUAAAGAACAAUUACUCCUACAUCUUACAAUGGACACAGAAAGAGCCCAGCGCUGUGGACAAAAUCAUUGGCUACUGGAUCAAUGUCCAACAGAAUGGUCAGAACAUUUUAUCUAAGCAGAUCAACACUAAAGAGCCAAUGAAGGGUGUAUUGAUGUCCUACACGCUGACGGAUCUGCGUAUUCCCCUGUCAUAUGAGGUCAGCCUGACUCCCAUAACCACCUUUAGUACUGGAGACACGGUCACACGCACCAUCCAGUACUCCGAGCCCUACACUUACCCGAGACCUUCAGAUCAUGUGUGUGGGUUCGAGGACCUGCGGAUAUGUGGAUUCACUCAAGACCGCAGUGAUGUGUUUGACUGGACCAGACAGAAUCAUCUCACCCAGAACCCCAAGCGUUCAGUUAAUACAGGGCCUGAAACAGACAGAAGCGGGACAAAAGAGGGCUACUACAUGUACAUUGAGACGUCACGGCCGCGUCAGGCUGGUGAUCGAGCUCGACUUCUCUCUCCACUGUACAAUGUGACAGCAGCGCGAGGGCCGUCAGGGACCACAAGGGCUCCCUACUGUGUAUCUUUCUACUACAACAUGAAUGGAAAACAUAUCGGAACUCUCAAUGUUCUGAUGAGAGUGAAGAGCAUAGCCACUGUGGAUUCUGCCGUCUGGACUCUCUCCGGACACCAGGGGCCAGAAUGGAGAAAGGCGGAUGCUGUGAUCUAUCCGAGCGGACCCUUCCAGGUGGUAUUUGAAGGUAUCCGUGGAAACGGCUUUGAGGGAGACAUCGCCAUCGAUGACGUUUCCGUUACCAAGGGAAAAUGCAAGCAACAGGACAAUGUGGACAAAACAGCAGUACUGACUGGGGCUGACGGAAGUCUUCGCCCUCUUCCUCUGAUUGCUCAGCUUAUCUGUACCUUCUGCCUGACACUACUGCUCAGAUGAUACAGAGAUCACUGCACAGAUACACCUGCGUAGGACGCCCCCUGUGGCAGCAAUAAGAACUGCCCCAACAUGUGACCACACUUCCUGCUGCUGCCUUCUUCAACCUCAUCCUCAACAUGUUUUCUCAUCCUCACGUCCCUUUACCCGUAUAUGUAUGCUCUUUCAAACAAUAGUUUUCUUUAGAUAUUUCUUGAUCGUUACGGUCACCUGUUCCUGUGAGCACUGCUACUUUCUUCUUUAAACUAGUAGUUUUCAUGGUCAACUUCCUUCAUUCACCCCCGUAUCCCCUGUGUAUGUAUUUGACGCACCAAAGUGUCAACUCUAUUACCAAAGAUGAUGGAGGGCUUACAGGAAGAACGGACAGAUGAGCCACACAAAAAUGCCCUUUUUUCAAAUGAGCUACUCUUUCCUCAGACUGAAGUGCAUGGAGAUGUGAUUUCCUCAAGAGACGUCGGCAUUACAAGGAAUUUACCGGAGCAGAAAUGAAUGAAGAGCGGUCACAAAGCUUGAUACUGAAGACUGGAAUGGAACAGCAUCUGUAUAUUCACGCAUAUGUGAUAUAUAUUGAAAAUUACGGUAUCGAGGUUCAGAAGCCUAACUGGUCUCCAGUUUCUGGGACUUUGACAAUGUGAAACUAAAGAAGCACAAAUUUAUAUCUUUUUUGGUAGUAAUUUUGGUUCUUUUACGUGGAAUUUUGUCUGUCUGGAUUUGCUGUAUCACUAUUAUGUCCUUUGGCUUUCGUUAACGACAACGUACCACUGCUGCAUUGCUGAUCGAUCCUAUCGGAAGAUAAAAGGUGGCUCCAGAAAUAUAGUGUGAACUACGGACCACACGGACAUCGGUUUACUCGCCAUCAAUCAACAUCCUUAAAGCACCUGAAGAAACUGUGAGAAUGUUGACUUGAGCUUCAAUCAAACUGCCGAGAGAGCGUUGACUCACUAAGUGGGUCUUUUUAUUUAGCAAUAGGUCCGUACCUCUGAGUGGUCUGGGAUGAAAGUUCUCAUCUUCGUUGAUAUGGGCACAUGAACACCUCUAGGUAGUCAGACUGCACUUGGCAUUGAUGAUCAAGAAUGUAACUUUGCAUAGCGUCAGAGAGAAAUCGCAUGUAUGUGCAAGCUUUUCACGGACUGUCAUGAUCAAACCUCAUAUUUUCUUUGGGAAGUUUUGAUGUGGCAGCACACAGUGUUGACAUGAAAUUUAAGAGCACUGUUUCGGCACACGUUCAUUAAGACACAUUGUUUCUUGUUGCAGCAUCUUCGAUAGCGCUGCGUACCAUUCAACUCGGAAAGUCAAAAUUUACAACUAAAGCUGCUUUAGAAAAUACCAUAGUAAGGGCUUCCAACCUGGAAACUCCAGCAGAAACCUACAACUUUAUUUUGCCAAGAUGCAUGUGUAUGAUGUCAUGCAAACACAGCAAUUCUCAGAUAGAUGCACAAGAUUCAUGAUGAAAUUAAGUUAAUUAAAAGUUAAAUAAAACUAUAAUAAACACUUGCGCAUUUUAUUUUCAAAAGUAAAGUAAAAGUUCUUACAUUGUAUGAAUAUAAAAUCCUGAUUUUCAAUCGAUUAUCUCUGUUGAUAUCCUUGCGCUAGUAAACUUCUUUGUUGACAAUCGGACAUCUUACACUGCACAUCAUCUAACGGACUGCCUUCAUGACCAAAUUAAGUAGAUAUUUGGUAGGAACCUCCCACAUCUGACUUUGAAUGGAACGCAGAAUAAAUCGAAGAUUACAACAGUUUAAGAUUCAAAUGCAAUACAUUGUCAUGGAUGAUAUUAGCCAAAUGUAGGCUUCCCCUUUCUGAAUUUCUUUUAAAAAAAAGUCAUACCACGACACAUACAGUAACAUUUAAGCACAUUGUUACAGUUUAGUAGCAAUAUGUGAUGCCAAUAGUUUAAGAUUGUGUGUGUUUGGUACUUUUUGAACGUUAAAGCGCUUUCCUCAGCUUCAUCGUAUCUAUCAUCAAUACAGACGUGCGCGAACAAUUAUAAUGAAUCCUGAUCAUAUGAAGAAUGGAAGAAACCAUUUGUGCCUCCGGUUGAGUGUCCUUUAUCAAAUUUGCGUAAGCUUCUGUGUUCUCGUGCAAUCUUAAAUAUAUCUAUAUCUAUAUCUAUAUAUACAGUAAUUCAAAUUGCUUUGCUCUAGUAUAACUCAUGCUAAUAUCAUCAAGUAGCUCAAUCCUCAGUGAAGUUUUAAGGUAAGUCUGUUUACAAACAUAAAAAAAUAAGUUUUAGGCUUGUACAAUUUUGCUCAUGCUCAUAUUUAACCAGUUCAUAUUUAUCCUAAUGUGGCGUACGUCUAUCGCUGUUGAAGAGAUUAUCAUAGACUCGCUCCUCAGGUAAUUUCAGAGGUAACAGGUUCAGAGCCUGGACCGAAUUCAACCGCGAUCCAGGUUCUUCUACAGUUCAAACACUCACACGGCUGUAAUACUGUUCAAGCGUCUGUUGCCGUAAACACGCCCUGAAUUCUUGCACAAUGCCCUCAUUACAUGUCAUGUAAUCAGCUUAUAAUCCAUGCAUAAUAAUGAUUAACUAUUACAGGACACAAACGAAUGAAUCGGUGAAUAAAUUAAAAUAAAGGGUUAAUGGCGAUUUAUGUUUGCAGGAUAUUCUACAUUAUAUAUAUAUUUCAGAUGUUUCCUUUUUUUGUCUCAGAUUUCGAUGUGUGUUUGGUGACAUACCAUUAUUGCCCAAUAUCUCUACAACCUCUGUGUUUUUUGUAUUUUUUGCACUACAUUCGUUUCAGAUGGUGCAGUAUCACAACAUGGAUGUCAGUCUAGAUUAAGAGCAACAGUUUAGGCACACAUCACAUCAUGUCUACAGUAAAAUGACCAGAUGUCCCCGUUUUCAAGGGACAGUCCCAUUUUUUGGUGUUCUGUCCUCCACAAACACACAACAAUAAAAAGACGAACGUUUAAAAAGGUUUUGUCCCCGUUGUUUAAUUAGAUGAUACACUGC